AUGCGUUUCACCGCCACCAUCGUCUCGGCCUUCGCCGUCGCUGCGUCCGCUUUGACCCAGCCCGACUACACCCAGAACCCCUCUGGUAACGCCAUUGUCUCCCCUGGCUUGAACGAGAUCGUUCCUGAGGGCAAGGCCUACACCAUCAAGUGGGAGCCUACCACCACUGGCCCCGUCUCCCUGGUCCUCCUCCGUGGCCCCUCCAACAACGUGAAGCCCAUCAAGACUCUCGCCGACUCCAUCCCCAACAGCGGCUCCUUCUCCUGGACCCCCAGCACCGACCUUGAGGUCGACACGACCCACUAUGGUCUCCUCCUCACCGUCGAGGGUACCGGCCAGUACCAGUACUCUACCCAGUUCGGUCUCGGUGCCGCCGCCGGUGGCUCCUCCGAGUCCUCCUCUAUCGUGAUCAGCACCACCGCUGCUGCCACUGGCGUUGCUACCACCGUUGAGACCACCGAGAGCACCACCAUCUGCCCCGAGACCGAGACCACCUCGGCCCCGGCCACCACCGCUAUCCCCGCCUUCUCCACUGUCAUCUCGAGCACCGAGAUCACCACCACCAUCUGCCCCGAGACUGAGUCCACCGGUGUUCCCCAGACCUCCACCGUCGCCCCCGUCGGCUCUCCCUCCAGCAUCCCCUGGGUGUCCUCCGCUCGCCCCUCCACCACCUCUGCCGCUGUCAUCCCCUCCGGUACCGCCUCUGCUUCCCCCUCGGCCUCCUCGCCCGUCUUCAACGGUGCCGGCCGCAACGCCAUCAGCUUCGGCGCCGUCUUCGCCGGUGUCCUCGCUGCCUUCGCCCUCUAA